GGGGCCGGGGUGGUAGCCUGAGCGCGCCCCGCCAGGCGGGGUGGCAACGGCCACGGCCCCGCCCCAACCCUUCCCCCGCGUCCCGGAAGCGCUUCGGCCUGGCGGCCCGGAAGUGGUGGCGGGGGGGCUCGCCGGGGCGGCUCAGGGGGACACCGGCGUUAUGUUUCUAACGGCGGCGGCUUUGGCCAAGAGCAAAUCUAAAUACAUUCUGGUGAGGAUGAAAAGUGCAGCUGAGACAGGCUACUGUUUCAACAUCAGGAGACUCCGACUGCAAGAAAAAUUGGUCCUGCUGAGAUACGAUCCCAUCGCAAAACAACGUGUCCUCUUCACGGAGAAGAGAAAAAUCCGCUCUAUCUGAACAAUGACUGGACUUGAUUUAUGCAUUAGGAGAGGAUGGUUUGGGGGGAGGAUGGGGUGAACGCUGAUUCAGAAAUCAAGCAACAUGGGCUGCAAAGAGAGGAAAUGAACUGGGAUCACCGUCUCCUGUGAUUUGAAGGCCAUUGUGAAUAAAACAAUGUAGAGAGAGAAAAUUCUUAAUGUCUGGACAUAGAUCAUCACAGUAACAUUUAUUUAUCUUUUGAGUUAUUUUUACAGUACUCAAUUAAAAAAAUUAAAUAGCAAA